AUGGUUGCUUACAACGUCCCCACUGCUAACGACGUCCUCGUCCCCGAGACCCUCUUGAAGAAGAACAAGUCUUGCGCUAAGGCUGCCGAGGCUGCUGCUGCCAAGAAGGCUGAGCUCCGUAAGGCUAAGCUCGCCAAGAGACGUGAACUCUUCAAGCGUGCUGCCAAGUACGAUGCCGAAUACAAGGCUGCCGCCAAGAACGAGAUCCGUCUCCGUCGUCAAGCUAAGGCUCAAGGUAACUACUACGUUCCCGCUCAAGAGAAGCUCGUCUUCGUUGUUCGUAUCCGUGGUAUCAACAACAUUGCCCCCAAGCCCCGUAAGGUUCUCCAACUUUUGCGUCUUUUGCAAAUCAACAACGGUGUCUUCGUUCGUCUCAACAAGGCUACCUCCGAGAUGCUCCAAUUGAUUCAACCUUAUGUCACCUACGGUUACCCCAACUUGAAGACCAUCCGUGAGUUGAUCUACAAGCGUGGAUAUGCCAAGGUUAACAAGCAACGUAUCCCCAUCUCUGACAACUCUGUCAUUGAGAAGUCUCUUGGUAAGUACGACAUCAUCUGUGUUGAGGAUCUCAUCCACGAGAUUGCUACCGUCGGUCCCCACUUCAAGGAAGCCUCCAACUUCCUCUGGCCCUUCAAGCUCUCCAACCCCAACAACAUGUGGAGAGAGCGUAAGUUCCUCAACUAUGUUGAAGGUGGUGAUACCGGUAACCGUGAAGCUUUCAUCAACAACUUGGUUCAAUCCAUGAACUAA